AAUAACAAAAAAAAGAUGAAAUUCCCUAAGUCGGCAUGGUGGCGUUGUUUUUAUACAAAAUUUAUUAGAGGAGAAAACUACGUUCCCGCUCGUUUGUAUUAAAAAUUGUGCUAAUUUAAGUGAUUAGGAUGUCGGAACCUUCGACCAAAGACUCAGGGGCCACGAAAACUCCCAUGGUUUACAUUUGCGGAGAAUGCCACAAUGAGAACGAAAUAAGGCCGCGGGAUCCAAUCAGGUGCCGGGAAUGUGGGUACCGUAUUAUGUACAAGAAGAGAACCAAACGAUUGGCCGUGUUUGACGCCCGGUGAAAAAAUUGUAAUUAAUUAAGGUUGGAAUAGAGUGUUUUUUACA